ACAUUGGGAUUGUACAUGUGUUGUUUAAUAUUGGAAAUAAUAUGUUUUCUUUAUUAUUGCUUAGAUGGGUGGACAAGGCCACAGCCCACCUGGUGCUAAGUGGUUAUUGGAGCCCAUAGAAAUCUUGUUUUUUUUUAUUUAUUGCUUAGAUGGGUGGACGAGCUCACAGCCCACCUGGUGUUAAGUAUAAUUCGAACACCGGUGCAUCGCUUCAACACGAAUGCACCGGACGUCUUAUCCGCUAGGCCACGACGACUACUAAAUCUACAACAUAAAUGCGCCACCCACCUUGAGAUAUAAGUUCUAAGGUCUCAGUUUCUACCACCAAGCUUCUUAAAGUAAGCACUUAAAAUCUGUUAUGUCUACUUAAAGUUUACAUAUAACGACCACUAAAAUAGCAAAAUUAAAAAAUCGCAGCCGCUAUGCUGUAAGAAAUAAAACAUCCUAUUUACAUAACAUAUAAUAAAUUAUAACUAUAAUAAUAUAUAUCUCUUAAACAUAUAAAUUUAAACCUAAAUAUUAAAUAAAUAAAAGUCAAAUUCGUAAUUAUCAGCACAUCCUGGUCACGACUGUAAAAUCAAAUAUUAUACCUUGAACGGUUAAUUGCUAAUUGGCACCAGUAAUUUAGCCAUGACAACUGUUAGUAUAAAAUCUUUUAAACACGUUUUCGUGGACUCACUGCCUCGUGUGUUGUUUGGAUGACCUUUGUAUGACGUAUUAAUAAAGGGAAAAUCAACCGCAGAGCGAGUGAAAUAGUUCAGAAGACCGACGGUCUAGAGGUUAUUGCUCGGAACUUGUAUGCGAAAUUUAUCUUGACAAUGUCGUUUAGCGCAGAACAAGUGUCUGUAAAUGAUGAUUUGGGUACUUCAGAGUGAAUAAACAAUAUAAACAAUAAACAAUAUGUAUAUAAUAAGGCUUAACUGCGUUUUAUAUAAGCGUUAUAAUAAGAAAACACGAGCUCUUAAUCUAAUAAAAUUAAUAUUUUAAACAAAUUGAACUUUUUUUAACUGAAUGACAGACUUCACUAAAUGACACUCAAGAAAAAUCCUUUUUUAAAACCAAAGAGUUUUAAAUAAUAAAACUUUUUCUUUACAUGUAUAGUUAGGUAAUAUAUUAUUUUCUAUGACAGCUACAUCUAGUUUAUAGAAAUACCGAUUGAGAGAAAUACGAGCACAAUUAUGGAAUGUUAUGCGACAGUUCUUGAAAUGAAAAAUGGUACCGUAUGGGAUUGGAAAGUUUAUGUAUCUCAGAGAACACAAAUUAUGUAUCUCACAGAUCACAAAUGAUGUAUCUCAUAGAUCACAAAUUAUGUAUCUCACAGAUCACAAAUUAUGUAUCUCACAGAUCACAAAUUAUGUAUCUCACAGAUCACAGAUUCAUCCGACCCACCAACAUUGUCACCAGACGCGUGCAGUGCUAACAUUAGCAACAGGCAUAGGAUCCCUGGUAACCUUAUUUGUCGAGCUCGCUAAAGAGCUCGAAAUGCAACUUAGCCCGCUGAGUUUCUCGGCGGAUAUUCUCAGUGGGUCGCAAUUCAGAUCCGAUAUUAAAUGCAUUCGCGAAGCAUCUGCCCUUGAGGUCUCCAUCGGUGGCGCUCGGGCAGCUGUUAGAAAAUCCCACCCUUCUUGGUUGAGCUUGUGCUUGCCCACCAGUCCUGGUGAAACUGGAUAGGCAUCCGGGCCACCAGUAAUAAUACCCCCUUCCAAUAAAAAAAGAACUGAAAGGAUUUUAAUGAUUUGGUAAAAUUAGCCUAGUUAUAUAAUCUGACUACAAUUUUGUUAUUGGCGUCUUUGGAUUGGAUUUUCUUUGUUUAAAAAUGUAUUUUCUCAUUUAAGUUUUAAUUUGGAAUUUUCUCGCAAAUAAUAUUAUUCAAUUGCAAGCAUAAACACUUAAAACAUAUACAUAAAACAGUCCUUGGGAAUCAACAUAGGCUGCUAUUAUAAUAAUUAUACACUCAACAUAUGGAACUUUCUCUACACUUAAAGCGUAAGACACACUCAUAGUGCUUUUGUACUACAAAUUACUAUUCCAAAUUUUGUGAUUAGUCCAUUGGCAACGUUGCUAAUAAGCAAGGCGAUCGGAAAACCUUAUUAAUGUUAUUUGUAUUGUUAUUAUCUAGGACCACACUUCAUAUAACAAGUAAUAAUAAAAUCUGAAGUCAAUGAACAAUAAGCUUAAUAUAAUAAUUGGUUUUGUAUAGUUUAGACUUUAGUACAUUAUAUUUCAAUGUCGAGGGUGGUGUAGGUAAGCAUAGUCUUGUGAGCAUAGAAAAGCAAUAUGAACUGCAACAUGGCGGACUUGAGUGUUAAAUGCGCGAAAAUUUUACUGAUAACACUUAAUUUAUUAUGCAUUGUAAGUUAGUUUAACUUUAUAUAAUAAUAAGACGAGAUUUUUCGUAGUGAAUUCCUUUUUCUGCACUCCACGCAAAUGUACACAACUUAUACAGCCAAUCGUACAAAUUAAAAAAGUCGUCGUGGCCUAAAGGAUAAGACGUCCGGUGCAUUCGUAUCGAGCGAUGCACCGGUGUUCGAAUCUCGCUGGCGGGUACCAAUUUUUCUAAUGAAAUACAUACUCAACAAAUGUUCACGACUGACUAAAAUCAAACCCGCAAAAUUAUAAUUUGCGUAAUUACUGGUGGUAGGACCUCUUGUGAGUCCGCACGGGUAGGUACCACCGCCCCGCCUAUUUCUGCCGUGAAGCAGUAAUGCGUUUCGGUUUGAAGGGUGGGGCAGCCGUUGUGACUAUACUGAGACCUUAGAACUAUAUCUCAAGGUGUGUGGCGCAUUUACGUUGUAGAUGUCUAUGGGCUCCAGUAACCACUUAACACCAGGUGGGCUGUGAGCUCGUCCACACAUCUAAGAAAAAAAAAUAAAAAAAAAAAUUAAAAAGUAUUUUACCUUUAAUAUGUCUUGAACCUAUGGAUUUUCUAUUUUAGAAUACUGGCCAUUUCAAACGUUAUUUAUGUGUGGCUGGUAAUAAAGUCUAAAUUCACAUAAUUAUACCAAAAAAACGCUUAUUGAUUAGUAUUAUGUGUCCAAUAUAUUUGUAGUUACCUAUAAUUUUUAGCUAUAGUAUUUUUUACCACUAAUUACUUCCAACGCAUGGCAUCAUAUGUGUGUAAUUGUUGAGUAUGAUCAGUGUUUAACUUAUAUAUUUUAAAUCCAAUGACAUUACACGCACUUUGUGGUCGGGUUUUGUAAAAUUUACACGGCAAAUGACAGUAGGUCUUCUGGCUAAUGAUCAGAAUAUAUGGAUGUGCUAAUAUGCGAGCUCUGAAGAAUAUUAGAGAUGAUUCCGCUAUCCCCUUCGUACCUUUUAGCAAGUGGCACGUUGAAAUUAACUCCCUCCAGAUUGUUCCCUGAGCGCUACGACAUUUCUUCCUUCAAAUGAUUAGAAAGUCCUAAACGAUAGCCAAAGAAGUUGAGCAUUAGGCAGCUUCAAUUGAAAAAAAAAACGGGAAUAUACGGCUUGGUUAUCUCCCUGCCUGUCACUGUUUGCCCACCUUCAGUCCUUGUUUGGUCAUCACCAUAUUGUUUCUCUUUAUUCUCAUUAUAUUUCUGUAUUCGAUCAGUCUAUAAAUCUUAUCCCUACCAAUCCAAGUCAAGAAGUGUUAGGGAAGACCCGUUGUUCACUGUGGACUUAGACCGGUUAACGAAACCAUUAAGUGGGAAUUGGGAAUAUUUUUCGAAAAAACGAAUUUCUACUUUCAGUUUUUGGCGCUUAUGACAUUUGUGUUUGCCGUGGUCGAUACGAGGAUCCUAGCGCAGUACGGCGCAGAGCAAGCCAGCGGUUCGUUUAUAGGAGAUGUAGUCGUCAGCGUGGCCAGUGUGCUGGUGAUGACAGUUGCUGUACUCGGAAUCAUUGGCGUCGUGAAGAGCAGCAUUAAAAUUAUCUACUUGUACGUUGGAUUCCUCAUGCUCUUGACGGUCUUGGAAGUUUUAAUAGGAAUUUACGUGUCGAUUCAACGUUAUGGUCUUCAAUUCCGGGUCGGUGAAUGGAUACGCGAGGAGUUCUAUAGAAACGUCACUGGCGCAAGCAAGGAGGCCCAUCGGAAACUCUGGGAAAGAAUCCAGAUCAACUAUCAAUGUUGCGGACUGAACGGGCCACAGGAUUACACAGCAAUGGACCAACCCAUCAGCCUGUCGUGUUGCUACCAAGCCUACCAAGCUAGUACUCUCGAAGCGGAGCAGAAGAUGUACAAAACUUGCAUUGAAACUUCAAGCUAUUUCCGCGAGGGCUGCGAAGAUGAAAUCCUCGGAAUCUUAGCGGCUGAUGCUGAUUAUCUUCUUGGAGUGGCCGUGAUCAGUUUUUGGUUUGAGGCGGUGGGCAUGCUUCUGGCUAUGUGGGUCGCGAAUCAACUGAAGAAUAGCGUUCGCGUUUAUAAGCACACAGUUAAAUAUUAAAAAUAAAUUUUGAGUUAAUAAAAAAUUUAA